ACUCUGUCGCUCUCUUCCCCGAGCGCCAGUGUCCAAGCCAUCUCGCCAAAGCCGCUCCUCUCUCUCUCUCUGUCUCUCUCUCUCUCUAGGACGCGCGUAAAGCCCUCUUUCUCUCUCUAAACUACUCCCCUGCUCUCUCUCCUCCAAAUCCUCUGUGAGGCGUCGAUCUCACUUUAGCCCUAUUGCUCUGGUCCCUUUCUCUCUCUUUGUUAGGCGUCAGCCUCUCUGCACGAGGGCAUCAAGCUUCUCCAAUUUCCAGGUUCCAAAGAGGGCAAAUUGCCAGCACCAAUUCUCCAGGACAGGUUACUGAACAAAGGUUCAUAGCUUCCAGGCAUCAGUUUUCCUUUUCAGCCAAUUUCCAGGUGUCCCAGCUUCAAUAAAAACUGCAUUUCCAGCUUGCCAUACCUAAAGGAUAUGGAAGAAAACAAGAUCCUCAAUCCUUCAUCAAACUCUGACCCUACCAUCAAUCGAAAGCAUGCUGCCAUGCUCGAGCGCCUCUCCAAUCUCCACAACCAGCGCAUUGAAUCCUCCUCCUCUGCAAACCCUAAUAGUGAUCCUUCUUUCGAAUCCGUCUCCUCUUUUGUUUCUCACUUCUCCUCCACUAAACAAGCCAUAGAAAACCAGUUCCAAGAAUGUCCUAGAAACCCUUAUUCAUCAGACCAAAUGCUAGUCAAAUCAAAGCUUAACUCCAUAUCCAAUGCCAUUGAAGGGCUUGAGAAACUUUUAGCCGAGAGCUCGUACUUUUUACCUGCUUAUGAGGUUCGUUCUGCUCAGAAAACCAUAUCAGAAUUGAAGCAACAACUUAAUUCCAUUAACUCUGAGAUUGUUCCCAAAAAGAAGUUUUCUUUCAAGAAUAAGCCCACAAAGAAGAACCAGACCAGUGUACUAGAGGAAUCUAAAGUGGAAGGCUUUGAAUCUUUUCCAGAGACUCCCUUAGAGACCUCUUCAAGCUCUAAUGUGUUUGAUUCCCCUGGUUUUCGCAACCAUGAAGGUGGUCUUCUGGUAAAGGAUCUGAAUGAUUCCAUUAAUGGAGAUUUUACACUUUCAGAUCUCACAAACUGUAAAAUUUUCUUGAAAGGGAGAUUGAGGGCUCUGUUUGUUCAUCGAUUGAGUGGUUGCCAUGUCUCCUCCGGCCCUAUUACUGGUUCAGUUCUCAUAGAAGAGGUGGAAAACUGCAUUUUCAUGCUACCUUCGCAUCAGAUAAGAAUUCACAACGCAAAAGUUACAGACUUUUAUCUUAGGGUUAAGAGCAGGCCUAUUAUCGAAGAUAGCAGUGGUGUGAGGUUUGCCCCUUAUUGUAAAUCCUAUGAAGGCCUUGAUGAGGAGCUACAUGAAUGUGGGCUUGGUGAAGAGACUGGUAACUGGGCAAAUGUUGACGAUUUCAAGUGGUUGAGAGCUGUGCAAUCACCAAAUUGGAGCAUUAUACCAGAGGAAGAGCGAGUUUCUACAAUUGGAGAAGUUCCUGUACAAUCCCACUGAAAUGAGACUUGGGUUUGUUUGAGUUUUUCCAGAGAGGCUAUGUAUCAAAGAGGAAAAUGUAUUAGCAAAUGGAUAUCAUGCCGUACCAUGCAACUUCUGUUUCAUCAUGUGUUGAUGUCUUCACCAAUUCCGUCCAUGAGAUCGUCCAUUGCUAUCGUCUUUGCUCUAGUUGCUCGUCAGCUUGAAUGUAUCUGUUAGUGAUUGAAAUCUCUAUUCUAUUCGUUAUGUCUUAUGUAUGUUAUAUACAAGGAGAGUAUAGCUUAUUUUUGAAAGUAUAUGUCUAUAUUAAUUAAAUGUAUUGCAUCAUAGGUUGCUCUCCAAAACCUUGAGCUAUUUCUGUGCUGCUCAUUUGUAUUGUCUGCUAGCCUUUCCGUUCGAUCACCAAACCAUACCACAUGAUUGCAUUAUUUCUUCUGUACCUACUCAUUUGUACUUUGGCCACUAAGACUUGGAGCUUGGAGCCCGAAUGGAGAAGUUCAUCCAAAGCUUCAAAAUCUUAGAGCCACAUUUCACAAAUAUCCACCAAUGGAAAUGCAUGAUGACUAUUGCAAUUCACAUUGAUCAGAAAAAAAAAAGAAUGUUGCAAUUCACAAGAGAGAGUUGUUGUUGAUUAUAAUGGCAUAGAUGAGUUUAGAAAGUUAACCACAAUGAAUUUCAAACUCUCGUAUUCCUGGGAUUAUCGCAUAUGUAACUCAUCUUAGAGAAAUUUUGAGUACAAGUUUGGUUUGUAAGAAUAUACAGCUGUUUGAUUUUAAAACCACCUUGAGAUUGGAAUUGGCCUAAAACCGGUUAACUUGGCCAAUACUUUCACUUGAACUAU